AAAGUGCCAUGAAAGUGCGCUAAAAACAAUGUCAAAAUCAUUCAAAAAAUCUUUUAUUUAAAUCAAAGUUUCUAUGUUUCUUCUUUUCAGUGAUUACAUAGGUACUCUUUGCAAGUUUGCUUCUUUUCAAACGUUGAAAUUGUAGUUGUAGUUCUAGUUAAUCAGUUCUAUAAAAAUGGAUGCUGAAGAUUCCUACAAAACCAAUUUAAACACGGUUACAGAAAUGAUACUGGAUGAGGAAAAAUUAGUGACUUACAUUACUCUCAGUAAAGAUCUCUGUAUGCACGUGAAUAAUAGCAAACAAUUGCUAUCCAGAGCUGUUCAAAAAAUUCGCGAAGAACAGCCAAAUAUUCAACUAAAUGUCAGCUAUAUAAUAUCUGGGAUGUCUGGCAGUGAUGCAGCCAUAAUGACAAUAUGCACAGAAAAUGAUUUGGACAAACUACGGAAAUCAUUGUGUGUAGUAUUUUUUUAUCAUGUUUAUAGUGUAUGCAAGGGAUAUUCAGGAGUUGACAAUGCUGCUUUUUUAUUGUUUAAUAAAUAUGAGGACUAUAACCUGUGUCCAGGUUUAAUAAGGAGUAAAGAAUGUAUUAAGCGGACAUCUGAUGAAAUAGGUAACUUGAAAACCAAUAGCCAAGAAGCAAUAGUUCUUGAAAAUAAACCAUUAAUUGUUGCUAAUAAGAAAUUGAAACAAGAACCUAAACAUGUCUCAAAGAGUCAAGUGGAAGAGACACUAGCUGUGAAAGAAACAGAAAUAAUAUCUGAGACAAAAAUUAAAGUUGAAGCUGUUUCUCCUAAGAAGGAAUUCAACAAUAAACAAAAUGUUCAAAAGACAAACGGACUUAAAACUCAAAAAGGCAUUGCAUCAUUCUUUAAUAAGUCUAACAGUUUACAAACUGGUAAAGUAGCAAACAGCUUACAAAAGAAUAAUGGCAAUAAUGUUUCAGAAUAUAAGAAAACAUCUAAUGGAUCCACAGGUAGUAAAGUUGAAGACCAAAAAAUGGACAUAGAUAAUGGGAACAAUGGAAUCAAAAUGGAUAUUAAAAAAGAGGUGGUAGAUAAAAAAUUCAAAAAAGAAUCUAAGUCUGAAGAAGAAAAGAAAGAUGUCCAGAAGGAGCCUGUGCCCAGUAUUAAAAAUAAAGCUCUGAAUGAAAUCAAGAAAUUCUCAAAAGUUGACAAGAAAAGGAAAAGGGUGUUGCAUGUACCAGACAGUGAAAGUGAAGAGGACAAUGAUCCAUUUGUUGAUAAUCAAGAAAUCAAGAAUGUAAUCAAUAAUGAGUCUGAAGAUGAGAUCCCUCCUACUCCGUCAGUACGCAACAGUAUAAAAAUAACAUCUGGAAUUGUUAAUCCCAAAAAGAGAAGGAAGGUAGUUGAUAAAACAUAUACUGAUGAAGAUGGAUACAUUUUAACCAAGAAGGAGGAAGUCUACGAGAGCUGUUCUGAAAAUGAAGAUGAAGUUAAAGUCGUAAAAGACAUAAAAACAGAGAAAGAAGUAAAAAAAGUGGAAAGUGAAGUAUCACCAACAAAAACUAAGAAAAGUAGUCCUAAAAAAUCUAAAAAGAAAAUAUCUCCUCCUCAAAAAGGAAAGCAGCCAACUCUUAAUAAUUUUUUUAAAAGAAAAUAAUUAGUUUUUUUUUUGUAUCAUGACAUUGUUUAAAAAAAUACAUGUUUGUUACAAAUUAAGUUUUAUAAAAUUAAAAUAAAAGUGAUGUCAC